CAUAUGAAACUGGUCACUCCAGCUACACACAGAAUUCCAUCUGGACUCCAUCUGCUCAGCAUGGGCCAAGCCUCUGAUUUUUAAAGGGAAGGAGGAGGAGGGGAAAACAAGAAAGGAGAUUUUUUUUUUGGUGGGGGGAAGAGGAGUCUGCUGCUUGGUUCCCAAUGGCUCACAGAUGUGGGAGUUUGAACACAUGCUCAACAUAUGUAGGGGAGGAAGGAGGAGAGCUGGGAAUAAGACUGCUUUGAGGAAUGAAACCAGGAGAUGAGAAGCGGGUCACCUCUUCCUAGACCUCCAGCAAUCCAGAGGAGUAUCUUGACAUUUUAAGAUCUGUCUUUUGGGGACCCAACUGGAGCAAGCAGUCAACGGAGAGAAGAAGCGCCCCAUGAUGCCAGGAUCUCCUGUGGAUGUGAAGGCCCAAUCCAGGGCCACGCCGCCGACCAUGCCUCCACCGCCCUCAGGGAACCAAGGGGCACCACGUGCAACAUCCUUCACACCCACGUCAUUGCCCAAUGGCGUCGAGCACUCCCCGCCUGCCCUGAAUGGGGUGCCAUCUCCGCCCCAGCGGUUCACCAACGGCCCCUCGUCCUCGCUCGCCAGCCAGCAGCUCCCCGCCACCUGCGGCGCACGGCAACUCAGCAAGCUGAAGCGAUUCCUGACCACGCUGCAGCAGUUCGGCAACGACAUCUCGCCAGAGAUUGGGGAGCGGGUGCGCAGCCUGGUGCUGGCGCUCGUGAAUUCAACUGUGACCAUCGAGGAAUUUCACUCCAAACUGCAAGAGGCAACAAAUUUCCCACUGCGGCCCUUUGUAAUUCCAUUUCUAAAGGCCAACUUGCCCCUGCUCCAGCGGGAACUGCUGCACUGCGCGCGCUCUGCCAAGCAGACGCCAGCUCAGUACCUGGCCCAACACGAGCACCUGCUGCUGAAUGCCAACGCCACAUCCCCGGUCAACUCUACCGACCUGCUGGAGGUGAACGAGAACGGGAAGAGGAGCAGCCCAGAGAGGAAUAAAGAAAAUGGCUUUGACCGCGACCCCCCAGCCAAGCGGGUGUGCACGAUCAGCCCCGCCCAGCGCCACAGCCCAAGCGUCAGCCUGCCGCCCCCGCCCAACGGCCAGCUGCACCCAACUCCUCCCCCUCUGCAGCACUACAGCCUGGACGACGUGACCAUGAGCCAUCUGUACAGGGACCCUCAGAGACCACCCGACUACAGGGACCGGCACCGACAUCACGGAUCCCGUGGAGUUUAUCAGGAGGAGAUGAUCGAUCACCGGUUAACUGAUCGGGAGUGGGCUGAAGAAUGGAAACAUUUGGAUCACCUCCUGAACUGCAUUAUGGACAUGGUGGAGAAGACCCGGCGGUCCCUGGCUGUCCUCUGUCGCUGCCAGGAGGCAGAUCGCGAAGAGCUGAACUACUGGAUGAGGCGUUACAAUGACACCGAGGAUGUGCGGAAGGGUGGCACCACUCACCUACGACAGCUCAGCCCCGGGAACGUGGACGCCAUUCAGUCUGAGCUUCUUCGGGAGAUCACCCACCGACCGGCGGCUGGCUACGUCCCUGAUGACAUCUGGAAAAAGGCAGAGGAAGCCGUCAACGAGGUGAAGCGCCAGGCUGUGUCGCAGCUGCAGAAAGCCGUGACCGAGGCCGAGCAGAAAGCCUACGAGAUGAUAACAGCGGAGAGGGCCAAGAUGGAGCAGAAGAUAGCUGAUGCCAAACGACAGGCGGCCGAGGACGCUUUCACCGUCAUCAACGAACAGGAAGACACCAGUGAGAGCUGCUGGAACUGCGGACGCAAGGCCAGCGAGACCUGCAGCGGGUGCAAUGCAGCCCGUUACUGUGGCUCCUUCUGCCAGCACAAGGACUGGGAGAAGCACCACCGCAUCUGUGGGCAGAACCUGCAGGCCCAGGCCAAGGCCCUUUCCGCUGGAGGCCCCGUCCCCAAGGCCCCGAAGGGCGAGAAGAGCCCCGCCCUGGAGAAAACCCCGCCGUCCACCGUCACCUCCAGGUCAGCCACCCCAGCCACCCCUGACGCCGGCGUCCAGUAACGCGAUCUCUGACCUGCACCGACGAGGAAGGAAACCACUAACUCCCCCCCAUCCCUGCGCACAGCCUGACUGUGGUUUGGUAUCCGGUGCAGAUCCCAACUUCAAACAAAAAAUAAAUCAGCAACUGAUUGAGGGGGGAGAAAGAUUACAUCAGAUUAAUAUUCACAAGAGUGCACACAUCCUCGGAAAUUCCAAACCAACAAAAUGGCAAAGACUCUCACACACAGAAAUCGACUGUGGAAUUGAUUACCCGACAAGAGUGCUCAAGCCUUUAAGACUUUGCAGCAGAUAUUUGAGACUGGAUGCUCUAUACGUCGAUAUUAACCUUCUCAUGUUUCUCCCGUUGUGUGUUCCUGCCCCCAUGCUGCCUUUCCACAGGACCCGCCUUCACACCCUGACUUAAUUCCUGGUGUAGGUGAGCAGUUUCCACAGCCAUCGAAAGGGACCUGGGACGUCAAUUCCUCGUGUAUUCAAAGCACUCUUUACCUCUUGAUGAAAGCGGAACACUUUCAAGAGACUGUAACUUUAAAAAAAAGUCAAAGCAAUGUGGCAAUUUUUAAUCUCGCUGCUCUUGAGGAGGAUGAAGAAACAUUUUUUUUUGUAAUCAACCUCCGUAGCCCUUUGGGAAUCUGCAGUGCGGAAGUUGUGCGCCCUUGCAGGGGGACAUUACAUCCAGUUCUCUGCCCUGACUGUCCCUCACACCAGGGCAUUUAACAGAGCCAAGCAAUUGCUGAUGGCUCUUCCCGCAGGAAAAUGGUGGGAGGAUGGACCUGUUGACCUGCUCCUUGCCCACCGUUUUGAAACGACUGACCUCUUGAGAAGUAUCUCUUCGCCUCCCAUUUUAACCUCCUCAAAGCAAGUGAACGAUCCGUGUUGUGCGCUAACAGUAAAAAGCUCAAGGCACAUAGAUGUAAUUUUUAAAAAAAAGAUACAAGUUGUGGUGACGUGGGAACCGUGAGUGUGGCCUCCCGGCUGUCGGGAGUUCAGGUAUCUGGUGACGUGGUGCCUGCUUACUUCCUCCCUGGUCACUGCUAGACAGCUGCCUGAGAUACUUAAAUGCCCUCGGCCAAAGACUCUCUCUUUCCCUGACCGAAAGUAGAAGAUAAAUAUCUUACAAAAAUAAAAUAGAGGGAAUAAUACUUUCUGAUACAAGAGACAGCACAGGAGAGGCAGGGUAAAGAGGGAAGCAAAAGGUGAGGUAUUGGAAACAGUUGCUUGCUCUUCUAUUAUCCAAGCUUGCCAAAAGCAAAUCCUGACCCUCCAAUCCCUGUGUGCUCCUUCCCACCACCACUGAUCCUCAGUGAGAAAAGAGUCUAGUUGGAGGCUGUCAGGAGUUGCCUGGGAAUGAAGGUUAAAUUUGUUCCGAUUUGUAUAGCAAGCAGGUAAAUCCCACAAUGCUGCCCCAUUAUCUCACCUUCCUGUUUAAAGGAAGUGGGGUGUUGUUGGGAGGGCUUAUAUAAAGCAAAUUACAAAGUUCCAAUUUCAUGUGAUUCCAUAAACUUAAAUAUUAAUCCCCAUUCUGGGAGGUUAUGAUUUAAAAAUCUUGUCCAAGCUUUGUAAGCCAGACUUCCAAAGCCAGUGAGGGGUCCACACUGCACUACCACAACAGCCUCUUACUAUUGGCUAUGCGUCAUUCACAGAUCAUGCACCUGAAGCAUCCUGGGAACACCAUCUGGUUUCCAUGGUGACGAUGCAUGAAUCCCACUAGAGAGGGUUACACUAUGCCAUGAAUAAUUAACUUAACCCAUUUGUGGAACUGAUCUCUUGCAAAUUACUUCUCUUUAAUGUUUCUAUAGGUCUUGGCCAAUUGGUCCAACAGCACACCAGCAUCCAAUCACAUCACAAAUCCUAGAGCCAGUGUUGGCCUUGGCAAUUCUCAUUUGAGGUAUCUAAUACAGGUGCCAGCUAAAACAUAAAAAAGGACAGAAUUGACGUCAGUAUCCUAUCCUUCAUUUUGCUUUACAAGGCCAAUUAUCAACCGAUGCCCACCUUGGACACACUGGGACCCUUGCCAUGAGUGACUCCAUGGGAGAUCAACCACUAGGUAAAUAAAACUGCAAACAAAACAGUUAUUUGUUCAGAACUUGCACCGACAGCCAGGCUUCCUUUUGUUGGAACUUGCCGAACUGCGUAUACCAAUGAAAUGACCUUCCCUGGAAUUAGGUAUCAAAUUUGGACCAUUGCAGCAAAGAGACAACCAGUUGAUGGCUUGGAACGCAUUGGCUACUCACAAUGGGCAAAUAGGAACAUAAUAGGCAAGAAAGACACCUCACUAAUGGUUUCAGAUAACUCCUAAGCACUUUUGUUUUUGCUAAAUAGAUCUCCAUAUGAUCUUUGUCUAAUUACAUUGGGAAUGUCAGCGCCAGUAACCCAAUUACACAUUCUGGGGGCUCAAGCUGUCCACUGGAUAGUUGCAGCUCAUCAAACAAUGCAGAUAACAAGAUGCAACUGAGAAAUCUUUCCACUAGCCUUCAGUAACGCUGUGUUUUGGAAAUAUUGCCAGGCAGCAGAGUUGAAUGACCAAUUGCCCUGUAAUUAGUCCCCGGUAGACAAGGUGUUUGGCAAGUUUUAGCGGUGCCACUGGUGAAUUUUGACUGUUGAUUGGUGGAUUGUCUACCAUCAUGAAUAAUUUAUGCCUUUCUGGUGCGUAGUUGGGGUCUAGAGAUAAUAAGCUCCGGUUGGAUGUAUUCUUGGAGAUUUCACAAGGUCUUUCUAUAAUAAGGUAUAAUUGGCCUCGUUUGCCACUUAGAAAAUUCACUGGCACUCCUCAGCAGUGCUUGAGUAGAGUUCUACCUGUGACCUCCAGUCUCUUGAACCGUCAGAUGGAACCUUGCAUGUCUGCAGGCUGGUAAUCAACCUCCCUGGCUCUGCCCAAGGGAUGGUUUGAUAGUGGAGAGUUCUACAUUUAAUACAUACCCCUUGACCAGGAGUGGUGUCUCUCCUUUUCUGUAUUCCUGGAGAUUUUGUUACAGGAACUCCUGCCUCCUCCCACUGUCCAACCAUUGGCUAGCUGAAGUUGCAGUGCACAGACUUGCUCCACUAACUGGCGUUGAAGUAGAGUCCCCGAGGGUCCCGUGCCGUUCGUCAACUGUUAGGACACCAGCCCCACUCAGGGAACAGAAUCUGCAUAUCAAAUCAGUUUAUAAGACCAUGAGACACAGGAGCAGAAUUAGGCCAUUCACCCCAUCAUCUGCUCCACUAUGCUAUCAUGGUUAAUUUAUUAUCCCUCUCAACCCCAUACUCUCACCUGAAUUUCCGACACCCUUAUUAAUCAAGAACCUAUCAACAUCCGCUUUAGAUAUACCCAAUGACUUGGUCUCCACAGCCGUCAAUGGCAAUGAAUUCCACAGAAACACCACCCUCUGCCAAAAGAAAUUCCUUCUCAUCUCUGUUGUAAAGGAAUGUCCCAUUCUGAAGCUCGGCCCUCUGGUCCUCCACUCAUCCACCACAGGAAAUAGCCUCUCCAUGUCCACUGUAUCGAGGCAUUUCAAUGAGAUCAAUUUCCCCCAACUCCUCUCCCCCCCUCCAUUCUUUUAAACUCUACCGAGUACAGACCAACAACCGUCUUACGCCACCCACAUAUUAACCCAUUCAUUCCCAGAAAAUUCGUGAGCCACCUCUGAACCCUCUCCAGUGCCAGUUUGCAAGUGAACAAAUCAAGGAAUCAAAGUUCUAACUCAUUGAUUUAUACGAGUUUAGUGGUGCUGUUGCUUUUUGUAAAAAAAAACUCUGGGUGGUUCCUUUUUUUUUUAACUGCCCAUUACACCAUUGGUAUUUAGGGCAGCAAUAAAGGUCCUCCAUUUCUGCUGGUGGUCAGGGCUUCCUUCAUCGUGUUAGUUGCUUCCUCUCGGUUUUCACUACUUGUCAGUCAUGAGAGUCCUGGAUGGCGACUCAGAAAUACCGUCACACACAGGCUGGAAGGGCCUGUUCCACACUCUAUCUCUAAAUACAAUAUACAAGACCACAGAGGAGCAGAAUUAGGCCAUUUCAUCACGGCUGAUCCAUUUCCCUCUCAGCCCUAUGUUUACUAUACUAGGACCCAAUGGCACAGCGAGGGGCCUCUAUUUAGAAUAGAGCUGACGAGGAAUUUAUUUAGCCAGAGGCUGGAAAGUCUGUGAAAUUCACCACCACAGGCAGCUGUGGAGUACAAGUCAUUGGGUAUAUUUAAGGUGGAAAUUAAUGGAUUCUUGAUUGGUCAGAGCAUGAAGGGAUACAGGGAGAAAGGAGGAUAUUGGGGCUGAGAGGGGAAAUGGAUAAAAAUAAAUUAUGCUGCUCGACCCAUUUUGUUCCUCCAGCAGACUUCUUGUUAUGUUUCAUUCAGUGGCUUGAACUUAAGUCGAUCAGCUGCCAUUUUGGGAUUUGAACUCACAUUUUCUGAUAUAUGUGCUCCUGACUGCAAUAUCCAAUAUAAAGGGGUCUGUGCCUCCUCCCUGUGGAACGUGUGGGUUUUCCCCAGGUGCACUGGUUUCACCCCACAGUCCACAGAUGUACCCAAUAUUGAGAUACCACUGAAUCACAUCCCCCUUAAACGCCACACUGCCCAGUAAUCCCCUGACUUAAUCCUAGCCAAGUCAUGGGACAAUUUACAAUGACCAAUGAACGAACAGGUACGUCAAUGGACUCUCAGAGGAAACCGGAGCACCUGGAGGAAACCCACACAGUCACGGGAAGAACAUACAAACUCUUUGCAGGAGUUGAACCCUGGUCGCCUGUACUCUGAAGCGUUGUGCUAACCACUACACUACCGUGCCUCCUGAGGUUAUUUGGUCAUUAUAAAUUGUCCCAUGAUUAGGUUAGGGUUAAACAGGUUUGUUAGGGGUUGCAUGGCAUAGCUCAAAGGGCUGGAAAAAAAAAUCUCAUGUCCAAAUCUUUGAAUACUAAUCCAGUCUAAAUUUCUUUCUCCAAUGCCUGAGUUAAAUUAACACUCACAAC